AAGAUGCAGGGCUAUAAUAUGACGUGACGUGUCUAACCUCAUUAUAUAAUAACGAUCAUAAAAAUUCACAAAAAUGGUAGCAGCGACUGUAGCUAAGAACGGUAAGAAGCCAAAUAGAGGAACUGUGGCUAAAAGUGGAAGUCCAUCAACGCCAGUGUCAAAUACUGCCGCUGCCACUGGUGCCGAGUCAGUGAGCGCCCAAGGUGUCAAUGAUUCUGUAGAUGACGUAUCUGAAAAUCAACAGCCGAAACAGGGAGCAAGUUAUAGAGAGGCUAUAGAUGCUUACACAUGCACAGGCAACUUUUCGUGCGAUUUCCAAGAGUUGUGUACCCGGCUACCACUAGCCAGAAUACCAGAUGUGGUGCCUCGGUAUAAGAUCCAAAGUGAUGGUGCUGCGAGAAAUUUACCAGAUACUAGUGAACAAACAUUGGAUGAGAUUGCAGAUUUACCAAAGACAUACAGAACCAAAGGAAAAUAUGAAUUCUUUAAGCCGAGUGUUCAGACUGUCACAGAGGUGAUCGAAAAACAUGAAGCUAUAACUGAAAUGUUCAUCAGAGGAUGGAAGGUGGAUAAUUCCAUGAUGGAAGUUCUUAGUCAUUGUUGGCUGACACUUGACAAACUACACGCAAUCAGUUUGUGGAAUGCAGGUCUUGAGGAAGACACUGUAAACUUAUUGGCACGAGUUCUUCCCCAGUGCCAUCUUCUCAGAUCAGUUGUACUAGAUUCCAACCCUAUCAAGGUUUCACCGUGGUGCAAAUUAUUGGUCCCUGAGAGCCGGCUGCAACAUUUGUCGUUGAGGUUCAACCAAAUAUCAGAUGAAGGAGCCGCGAAACUUGGAGCAGCUCUCACUUCAUGCCAGCUCGUGCAACUAGAUCUGACCGGCAACCUCAUAGGCGAUGCAGGCACAAUCGGCUUAGCACAGGCAUGUAGCCGAGUUUGCUUAAGUAGUAUGCACCAGUUAUUACUGCCAGCAACAGGUUGGGCGACGGUGGCGCGCCGCCGCCGCUCGCGCACCGUCGUGUCUGAGUUUGCGCUGGAGCAUGAGGAAGCUGGUGCACCGACGCAGCUGCAACGGCACGGCGCCCACCACUGGGCAGCCGUGAGUUUUUUUAGUCCGGGCAGCAUCCAGUACGAAAAGUCGGAAGAUGCAAGCGCCGUAAGCGCAAAGACAACACAUAUAAAGAACAAAAUCAACCGGGCCCUGCCCGCCAACGGGAAUUUUAAUUAG